AUGUCUGCUGCGGGUGAAAGUGGUAUUCCAGAAGAGGGACGUGGCACAACAUAUUACUUCUCAAAGAGUCGGUCUAAUGCUACAAUAUGGCAGAGAUUCUGUCUCUUCUUUUCAAUUUAUUGGAAGUCUGUUCUCGUCGUUUUGACUCCAAUAGUUUUACUGCCCUUACCCAUCUUGAAUACUGGAUCUGAGUUUGCUCGUGCAUACCGCUGUAUGUAUGUGGUGUUAAUAAUGGCUACGUAUUGGGUGUUGGAGCUACUGCCUCUUCCGGUUACUGCCAUGUUGCCGAUCGUGCUGUUCCCAACUAUGGGAAUACUGGAUUCUGAUCGCACUUGUGCCGCUUACAUGAGAGAAACGAACAUGAUGUUCAUGGGUGGAUUGAUGAUAGCUGCUGGCGUGCAGCACUCGAAGCUGCCCAAGAGGGUGGCCUUGUGGACAGUGCAGGUUGUUGGCUGUUCCCACAGACGUUUAAACUUCGGUCUAACUUUCGUGACGAUGUUCAUAUCAAUGUGGGUUUCAAAUGCAGCGGCUACGACUAUGAUGGUACCCAUGGUUGAAGCUAUACUAGAGGUUUUAGAACAGCAAGGAUUUGGUGAAGUGUAUAUCAACAAGAAGAAAGCACUUGCUGAGAACGGAAGCACUGUUAAGACUGAUAAGAAUACAGAAGAAGAGCCUCCUGUACCUAGUGACACAACCAUCUGUUACUACCUGAGCAUCGCAUAUGCCUCUACUCUUGGUGGAUGUGGAACGCUUGUUGGAACAGCCACCAACUCAGCUUUCAAGGGGAUUUUUGACUCGGAGUUUCCAGAAAUAUCAGGUGCAGUAGACUUCUUUUGGUUUAUGGCAUAUAGCACUCCUCCGAUGCUGUUAAUGCAGAUUCUUGUAUGGUUGUCACUACAAGUGACAUACAUGGGUAUGUUCAGGCCUAAUAGCGAGGCUGCUAAAAGGGCUUCACAGGCUUCAGGUGGGUCGGAGACAACUAUGAACAUUAUAAGACAACAAUACAAGGGACUCGGACCAGUCACCUUCCAUGAAAAGGCUUCAGGUACAUUAUUCAUCCUCGCUGUAUUCCUGUACAUCUUCAGAAAGCCGGGAUUCAUGUUGGGAUGGGCCGAUGUCAUUACAUCCAUGAGAGUAAAGGAUGGUGUUGUGUCAAUUCUCAUUGUUAUCUUGAUGUUCAUUCUGCCCAUGUCAGUGGACUUCAUCAAGUUCUUCACAACUAAUGCAUCAUACGAAGAGUUGGCUGCCUCAAAACCUUCCACAGGAAUUGUUACAUGGAAUAUUCUGAAGGAAAAGAUUCCUUGGGGUCUGCUUUUCUUGUUGGGUGGAGGUUUCGCGCUAGCGGAAGGCAGUAAGGCGACGGGUCUCUCAUCUAUGAUCGGGUCUUCGUUGACUGGUCUACAUGGUCUUCCGCCAGCAGUAGUUCUACUCGUAGUAGUUUUGGUCACACAGUUCAUCACUGAAUUCACAUCCAAUGUGGCCAUCGCUAAUCUUAUACUGCCAGUGCUAGCCAAUAUGGCUCGUACUCUGGAAAUGGAUCCUCGCUACUUAAUGGUCCCAGCGACACUGGCUUGUUCUAUGGCUUUCCACAUGCCUGUGGGAACUCCUCCCAACGCUAUAGUGGCGGGUGUCGCACACAUACCUACUUCUAGAAUGGCUGUGGGUGGUAUCGGUCCUAAAAUAAUCACUACUCUCAUUGUAUGGGGUGCUUAUCCAACUUGGGGUUCGUUGAUCUUCAAGCCUGAAGAUAUUCUCGCUUUAGACUCUGGCCCGAGGGUCUCAACUAAGAACAUCAGCCUCAACUGUGCCGUCACCGCCAGUAACCUUAUGCCAAAUCACAUUUACAACUGCAGCAUGCCAGUAACUGGCAUAGCGAAUAAAACUCUAGCCUUACAGACUCAACAACAGUUACCACAACACGACUGGUAG